AUGGCCUCCGUCACAAGUCUCGACCAGGAUAUGCGCAAGUUGCGCCUCGAUCGGUACACUCCAGGCGCGGCUAAAGAAGUCAGAGGGUGGAUCGAAGAAAUCUUGGGUGAGAGAUUACCUUCUGGGGAUUUGAUGGAUGCCCUCAAGGAUGGUGUCGCUCUUUGCAAGCUUACCAUCCGUGCUGGAUGUCCGGGUGUCAAAUAUAAACAAUCCAACAUGCCUUUUGUGCAGAUGGAGAAUAUCUCACAUUUUUUACGGGCAUGCGAACUUGCUCCCCUGAAUCUCCCAUCCCACGACCGCUUUUUGACUGUGGAUCUCUACGACGGCAAGGAUCCCGCUCAAGUCUUGCAAUGUAUUGCUGCCUUCAGUCGAAGAGCCAAUGCUGUGAAUCCAUCAGCCUUCCCUACCACUCUCGGCGCGAAGAGUAAAGGUUCUUCCAUGAGCCCUCAAGGCACUGGCUCCAGCGGUCCAAGAUCACCAGCCUAUACUACCACUUCGACGACGCGCUCUCGCGGAACAAGUAACGCUACUCCCGAGAGCCCAUCAAUCACUUUCAAUCCCUUGAAUAGAGCUGCUUAUUCCGGCCGAAUCAGUCCUACAAAGACCACUCCUAGCAACACUCUAGGACGUGGAGGUCUCGCCUCCGGAGGAGCCGUCAGCACUUGGAGUAAUGCUGCUGACGAAGGCAAGACUGCUCCAGCUUGGAACAUUCAUCAAUAUGGCUACAUGGGUGGUGCAUCUCAAGGAAACCAAGGUGUCGUCUACGGUGCACGAAGACAGAUCACAUCACCCGCGCCUAAUGUGCCCAGUCUUGCCGAGAAAGAGAAACGCCAGAAAGAAGAAGCCGAACAGAAGCGCAUGGCUGAGGAAGAAUAUCAGCGAUCUCAAGCCGCUCAACGCCAAGCCGAAGAAGAGCAGGCCAGAUUGGAAGAGGAGCGGAAAUGGGCAGAAGAAACUCGCCGUCAAAGAGAAGUUGAGGCCGAACAACAACGGGCAGCAGAGCGCAGACGUCUCCAGGAGGAAGAUCGCGUCCGCCAAGAAGAACAGCGCCGGAAAGAACUCGCUUAUGAGCGAGAGCGUGAACGUGAAGCACACGACCAAGCUGAACGAGAGGCCGUCAGUACUCGAAAUCGUGAGCGAGCUACCUCCGAUGCGAGACUGAACGGCCAGUUUCUUAGCCAGUAUCAAUCAGGGACGCGCAACCCUCCACCGGGCGCCGUGGCUUCUCCUCAGUCAACUGUCUCACAACGAAAUACUGAGAGUGAACGUAUUGCAGAGUUGGAACGACAACUGGAAGAAAUGCGGGCUCAACAAAGACGUGGUAUCACGCAGUCCGCGCAGCAACAUGAGCCUGAAGUACCCGGUCCAACUCUACCAUCUCGAUCGAAGCCUCCCGCGGCGGCACCAGCCCAAAGUAGUAACGAAGACGACUGGGCGUCAUCAGAACGCGAUUACCUCAAAUCAGAAUGGCAAAAGACCCAGCAUGAUGCGUCCUCACUUCCUCCCAAACCGGCACCUCCACAGCAGUCUUCAAGACCUCUUCCUGAUCCGGCAACAUACAACGCGAACAAUAACCGUACAGAUCGAUUCCUGUCAUCCAACACCGCACCUGAAGCCGCCAAACCCAACCAACACCGCUACCAAGAUUACAGCACCACGAGCGAAGUUGACGCCGAAAAUGCCCGACGCCUGGCCUCUCAACAAAAGACCAAAGCGGGUGCGUGGGCCAGCAAGUCUCUAUUGGAACGCGAGAUGGAACGCGAGCGUGAGAGACAGAGGGAGUGGGAGGAGGGUCAAAAGGCCACACAGGUGGCAGCACGUGAUAUCAAGGAGGGCUCCGGGCCGGGCCAGACUUGGGAUGUUCACCAGUACGGAUAUAUGGGCGGUGACAGCCAGAAUCGAGGUGGAACUGGGUUGGGUGUGAGUGGUCCCCGGAGGCAGAUUAUUGGGCCUCGACCACCUCCUUGA